AAAAAGAUGGCAAAGCAUUUCAUCCAACUUAUGAAGAAAAACUGAAACUUGUAGCACUACAUAAGCAGGUUCUUAUGGGCCCAUAUAAUCCAGACACUUGUCCUGAGGUUGGAUUCUUUGAUGUGUUGGGAAAUGACAGGAGGAGAGAAUGGGCAGCCUUGGGAAACAUGUCUAAAGAGGAUGCCAUGGUAGAGUUUGUCAAGCUCCUAAAUAGGUGUUGCCAUCUCUUUUCAACAUAUGUUGCAUCCCACAAAAUAGAGAAGGAAGAACAAGAAAAAAAAAGGAAGGAGGAGGAAGAGAGAAGGCGGCGUGAAGAGGAAGAAAGAGAACGUUUGCAAAAGGAGGAAGAGAAACGUAGGCGAGAGGAAGAGGAGAGGCUUAGACGAGAGGAAGAAGAGAGGAGGCGAAUAGAAGAAGAGAGGCUUCGGUUGGAGCAGCAAAAGCAGCAGAUUAUGGCAGCUUUAAACUCUCAGACUGCCGUGCAGUUCCAGCAGUAUGCAGCCCAGCAGUAUCCAGGGAACUACGAGCAGCAGCAGAUUCUCAUCCGUCAGUUGCAGGAGCAGCACUAUCAGCAGUACAUGCAGCAGUUGUAUCAAGUCCAGCUUGCACAGCAACAGGCAGCAUUGCAGAAACAACAGGAAGUAGCAGUGGCUGGUGCUUCUUUGCCUACAUCAUCAAAAGUGAAUUCAACUGUAACAAGUGAUAUGAUGUCAGUUAAUGGACAGGCCAAAACCCACACUGACAACUCGGAAAAAGAACUUGAACCAGAAGCCGCAGAAGAAGCCCUGGAGAAUGGACCAAAAGAAUCUCUUCCAGUAAUAGCAGCUCCAUCCAUGUGGACACGACCCCAGAUCAAAGACUUUAAAGAGAAGAUUCGGCAGGAUGCGGAUUCCGUGAUAACAGUGGGCCGAGGAGAAGUGGUCACUGUUCGAGUACCUACCCAUGAAGAAGGAUCAUAUCUCUUUUGGGAAUUUGCUACAGACAAUUAUGACAUUGGGUUUGGGGUGUAUUUUGAAUGGACAGACUCUCCGAACACUGCUGUCAGCGUGCACGUCAGUGAGUCCAGCGACGACGAGGAGGAGGAGGAAGAAAAUAUCAGUUCUGAAGAGAAAGCCAAAAAGAAUGCCAACAAGCCUGUGCUAGAUGAGAUUGUGCCUGUGUACCGACGGGACUGUCACGAGGAAGUAUAUGCUGGCAGCCACCAAUAUCCAGGGAGAGGAGUCUAUCUCCUCAAGUUUGACAACUCCUAUUCUUUGUGGAGGUCAAAAUCAGUCUACUACAGAGUCUAUUACACUAGAUAAAGAUGUCGUUACAUAGUCUGGAGUCUAGGGUUGGGCAAAAGAUGGCAUUUAAUUUGGAAAUUUCUUUUGACUUGCGUGGAGCAUUGGCGUCAGUGUUUACCUUAUUGAUUUUGGUCUGAUGGUUUGUGGACUCUUGUUGGGAAUCAGGAUUUCCUUGGGACUCUUUAGCAUUAAUACUUUGGGGUUAAAAGGGAUUCCUCAGACUCAUCUAGCCCUUGGGUGCUGACCAGAAGAGUCACUAGUAGAUGCUGAAGUUACAUGAGCUAUGUAUUAAUAUUUAAUGUCUCCAAAAUAAAACCUCCCGACAUUGAUCCAACCUGGCUGAUGGUUAGUCAGUCCAUUGCUGCCUGCUCCAUGUGUUUUAUGAGAGCCUGUAGUUACGGCGCCCUCUAAUUUGAAAUCUUAGGUAAGCAGUCUGUAUUAGGUGCAGCUGGCUUUGAUUGAAGGUCACCAUUUUUAAAAUUUAAAAACUUUUAAGACCUCACAGAUUACAGUAGAAAAAGAAAUUGCCUCAAUUCGAUCUGUUCUGAAUGACUCAGAUGGUUUUUGCUUUGAGUGCAGCUGUUUAGUUCAGAGUUAUAUUACAGAAAAUUAUUUUCUGAGAUGAUCUUAAAGCUAGAAUGUUUAGACUUAGUAGAUAAUUGAAAUAUCAAGAUACUUAGAACAUUCAUCAUCUUUCUUUGUGAGCUUCCACAAACUCAGUCUCCUCUCCAUUUGGUAUUCAUACUACAGGUAGCAGAAACAAAAUUAAUUCACUUUUGUUUUGAGUUAGCACCUCAGAUUGAAACUUUCUUUUUUGCAUGAAGUAUACAGUUAGGAAUUUUGUAAACUCAAAUUGGCACCUACCAAAUAUAAAAUCAUUUCAGUAUAAUUAAGUGUAUUAGGAGUAACAUUGCACUAAUAUAGAAAUCACUGCCAGAGACCAUUCAUUUUCUUUUAAUUUGUUACCACUUAGGCACAAACCCUACAUGAUUCCAGUUUGGAAGUACUUAAUACAAAGAAUUGGAAAUGCAUAUGCCCAUGUUUAAAUUGUAUAGCUUUAAUCUAUAUUAUGUCUUCACUGAUGGGAAGAGACACAUCUUUGUUUUCCUUACUGAAAACAAAUAUGGAUUAAUUUCCUUAAAUUUGUAUAAGUGAUGGCUAGCCUAGAGAUCCUCAUUUUCAGAAGGGAGGGUGGCAUAGAUAGAAAAUUAAAAAGAUGGAAAUAGCACUUCAUAUUACUGUUAUAUGUUGUUACUGAAAUACUUAGAUUUUUAAUACUUCAAAUCACAAACCACUUCUGGUAGAAGGGUUUCCGUUGAGUAGCUGCAGUAUAUACAGUUCACACACAUGAGCUGUUUGAGUUUUUUGUGUGCUGCAUUUCUUUCUGUUUUUUUAAUACCUGGUUUUU